CAGUUGACCGGCACGGGGAAGGGCACAGAGAGCAAGGAGGCACUGGCGGGCAGAGGUGAGCAAGCAUGGUAUCAGUCGGGCUCCAGCUGGCAGGCUACAUUUUGGGGCUGCUGGGCUUGCUAGGUGCCCUGGUAGCCACACUGCUGCCCAGCUGGAGGACCAGCUCCUACAUCGGCUCCAGCAUCGUCACGGCCAUCGGGUUCUCCAAAGGCCUCUGGAUGGAGUGCGCAACCCAGAGCACUGGCAUCACACAAUGCGACAUCUACAGCUCUCUGCUCAGCCUGCCCACCGAUCUGCAGGUAGCCCAAGCCAUGAUGGCCACGUCUGUUGCAGUGUCUUUACUGGCCUCAGUCAUCUCUGUUGCAGGGAUGAGAUGCACGGUGUUCUCUCAGGGCUCCCCGGCAAAGGACAAAGUGGCUGUUCUGGGUGGGGUGGCUUUUGUCCUGGGGGGGUUGCUCAAUUUCAUCCCCAUUGUAUGGAACAUCCAUGCAAUCCUUCAGGACUUCUACAACCCUGUUGUGCCGGACAGCAUGAAAUACGAGAUUGGGGAAGCCUUGUAUCUGGGCAUCCUCUCCUCCUUGGUCUCCUUUGCUGGGGGAGCCAUCCUCUGUGCCUCCUGCCCACCUCGAGACUCACAAGCAGCCUCUUUCCACCCUUACCGUUCACGGACCGUGGUGGACAGGAGCUCCCCACCACCCGUCGUGUCUCCCAAGACCAACGCAUACCACCAGACUGGCUAUGUGUAGCAGGGGCUGGCUGCUUGUGAACACCUGUGCAGUGUCCUCUGGCUCACCUGGAUGCACUGAGCAGUCACUUCCGACUCUUCGUGACUUCAUGGACCAGCCCAUGCCAGAGCUUCCUGUCAGUCGUCACCACCCCUGGCUCCGCCAAGGACAAGUCCGUCACCUCUAGAAUAUCAUCUAUCCAUCUUGCCCUGGGUCGGCCCCUCUUCCUUUUGCCCUCCACUCUCCCCAGCAUCAGCAUCUUCUCCAGGGUGUCCUGUCUUCUCAUUAUGUGGCCAAACGAUUUCAGUUUUGCCUUUAAUAUCGUUCCCUCAAGUGAGCAGUCUGGCUUUAUUUCCUGGAGGAUGGACUGGUUUGAUCUUCUUGCAGUCCAAGGCACUCUCAGGAUUCUCCUCCAACACCACAGUUCAAAAGCAUCGAUCUUCCUUCGCUCAGCCUUCCUUAUGGUCCAGCUCUCGCAGCCAUAUGUUACUACAGGGAAUAUCAUUGCUUUGACUAUGCGGACCUUUGUUGUCAGUGUGAUGUCUCUGCUCUUAACUAUUUUAUCAAGAUUUUUCAUUGCUCUUCUCCCAAGGAUUAAACGUCUUCUGAUUUCCUGGCUGCAGUCAAUGCUCUAGAGUAUUGAUUUCUAAACUGGAUGUGAAAGUGUUCAGUGUGAGCUUUCAGUGUGAAAUUAUCCUCCUAAAAAUACAUCUAUUCUCAGA